GCAGCAUCGUAUUGCCUCCCCGACAAUGGCUCAAGGGUCGGCCGAUGCGCUGGCGAUGUUCGCGGGCCCGUUGGCCGUGAUCAUUGGCCUUGUCUUCCUGACCCCAUUGGGUUCUCUCUUCAGUGGCACUUCAUCCGUGGUGGCAGUGGUGUUCAUAGUCGCGACCCUGCUGCUCCAGUUCGUUGUGGUCCGUCGAACAACACAUCACACAGUUCGAACGACCCAAGAACUGCACAUUCGUCGCAAAAUCCAGCACGCGGGGUCUGGUGUCCUAGUGGUCGUCGGGUCGUUUUUUGCUAGCAGCUUGCAAGUCUCGAUCGUGCUGGCGUGCUCGGCCGCGGCGUUUUACAUCGUCGCCCAACUGCGACAGCAGUACAAGGUCGUCAACUCGACCUACCUGCGCGUGUUUGGACCGAUUUUGCGGCAGCACGAGAUUGCCCAUCGGCUUCCCGGGGCGUUUUGGUUCCUCUUGGGCUGCUGCGGCAGUCUCCUCCUCUUCCCAAAGGACGUCGCCCAGCUCAGCGUGCUACAUCUGUCGCUGGGAGACCCAUGCGCUUCUUUAUUUGGCUUGACAUGGGGCCACCACACGUCCAAGCUGUCGAACGGCAAGACGAUUGCAGGUGUCGUCGGGUGCAUGUUCGUGUGCUUUGUGACGAGCGUUGGGUUUUUAUCGGUCGUGGAUACAUCCAUUCAACACUUGAGCGGCAUCCAGCGUGUGGGCGUGAUGGCUCUGUGUGGUGCUGCCGGCACCUUGGGCGAAGUGUUAUAUGUGGGCUGCGACGACAACUUGUCGCUCCCGCUCGUGUCUGGCGGGGUCAUGUCUAUGGUUUGGCGGUUCAUCGCGUAAUUGUCGGGACGACGGUCAGAAUUGCGGUGAUGAAUGAACCGUGGCGAGGAGCCAUUUCAACGAACUUGUCUGCAAGAGCGGUGAUCCGAGUAGCUAGGAUUGUUAUCGUAUUGAACGCUGUAUCGAGAUCUUUGGUGAUGCG